CGCGCUCCCCCCGCCGCCAGCCCGCCCAUCGCCUUAUCACUGCCAACCCGCAUUGUUCCCAAUUGGGAGUGCUUAUUAAUCGGACUACGACAUCUCGUCCUACCAGCUAAAUUUCAUACAACUUUCUCAUCCCUGCUCUUUUCUUCCUCCACAGUCGUUAUGGAUCAGAUAGACACUGGAAUCAACGCCGUCCGCGCAGGUUCCCUCUACGGAAAUGGCUGGGACUUGUCUGGACACCUCCCGCUCAUGUUCUUCGGACAAAGUGGCGAUGUCGCUCCCAUAGCCGCCCACAACGGGUCGGUGCCUUCAGCACCAGCAGGAUUGUUAGCAUGUUCAUCGCCUGAUGGAUGGGGUCCAUUAUCUCCCGUCUACAAGGACUUCACCCCCUGCUUCCUUCAGGGUGUGUUGUUUGGGGGCAGUGCCUUGCUCAUGGUGCUCGUGGGUCUCUACCAGAUCCAUGUGCUUAGAAACAGAAAAAUCACCUCCGGUAACAGAGUGGCAUGGUCGUUCUACGCCAAGUUGGUAUUGGUGGCAGUCCACUUGGGGUUCCAGGUGGGUUUGUACAACCUCAAUGGCGAGACAGGCAUCAUUUCUACAGCAUUGGCAUUGAACGCAGGUGCCACCGUGGUGGCGUUUGCCAUCCACUACAUCGAGCAAUUCAAGGCCACCAUCCCCAAUGGCGUCUUGUUGUUCUACUGGCUCUUCCAGAUCAUCUUCAACUUGACACGCGUGGUCAACCUUAACUUGAGAAACCAGAUCCACACCCAGUUCGCCAACUUGGUGAUCUUGUCCACCUUCAGCUCGUUGCUCGUGCUCUCAGCCGAGCUCUACUUCCCCAUCACCCCCAUCUCGUCGUUUGCGUCGCCUAAGGUUUCUCCCUACGACAACGCCAACAUCUUCUCCAGAAUCACCUUUGAGUGGAUGGGUGGCUUGAUGAAGAAGGGUUACGUUCAGUACUUGACUGAGAAGGACUUGCCAACCUUGCCUGCGGAAUUGAAGGCUACCAGAACCUCCAACGAAUUCUACCGCUACUGGAGAGCCCAAUCCAAGCCUUCAUUGUUUUGGGCCUUCUACAAAGCAUUCGGUGCUCAAUUCGUGUUGGGUGGUGUUUUCAAGGGCUUGCAAGACUCCCUUUCCUUCAUCCAGCCUCAAUUGUUGAGAUUGUUGAUUAAUUUCGUUAAUGACUACUCCAGAUCCGUCAAGGAAGGCGAGCCUAUUCCUUUGACCAAGGGUUUCAUGAUUGCAGGAAGUAUGUUCAUCGUCUCCGUCACUCAAACCGCUUGUUUGCACCAAUAUUUCCAAAGAGCCUUCGAUUUGGGUAUGAAACUCAAGUCCUCUCUUACUUCCGUGAUUUACAGUAAAGCAUUGAUUUUAUCUAAUGAAACUAAACUGGAAUCCAACACCGGUGACAUUGUCAACUUGAUGUCGGUUGACACCCAAAGAUUGCAAGACUUGGUGCAAAACUUGCAGAUCAUCUGGUCUGGUCCUUUCCAAAUUAUCUUGUGUUUGUACUCCUUGCACGGUUUGAUUGGUAACUCCAUGUGGGCCGGUGUGGUCAUCAUGGUGGUUAUGAUUCCUUUGAACGCUUAUCUUGCCACCUUCCAAAAGAAGUUGCAAAAGACCCAAAUGAAGUACAAGGAUGAAAGAACCAGAUUGAUCAGUGAAAUUUUGAACAACAUCAAAUCCUUGAAGUUGUAUGGCUGGGAACACCCAUACUUGGAAAAGUUGAAUGUUGUUAGAAACGAGAAGGAAUUGAACAACUUGAUGAAGAUGGGUGUUUUCAGAGCCGCUUCUACUUCCACUUGGACCUUGGCUCCAUUUUUGGUUUCUUGUUCUACCUUUGCCCUCUUCGUGUUAACCCAAAGCGAAAGAAGUUUGUCUACUGAUCUUGUAUUCCCAGCUUUAGCUUUGUUCAACUUGUUGCAAUUCCCAUUGGCUAUGGUUCCUAACGUCAUCACUAACGUCGUUGAAGCUCAAGUCGCUGUCUCUAGAUUGACCAAGUUCUUGACUGCUGCUGAAUUACAAUCCGAUGCCGUUGUCAAGGCUCCAAGAGCCGAAAAGAUUGGUGACACUGCUGUCUCCAUCAACAACGGUACUUUCUUGUGGUCCAAGGCCAAGGGUGACCAAAACUACAAGGUUGCUUUGUCCAGCAUCAACUUGGAAGCCAAGAAGGGUGAAUUGGACUGUAUUGUUGGUAAGGUUGGUUCUGGUAAAUCUUCUAUCAUCCAAGCUAUUUUGGGUGACUUGUACAAGUUAGAUGGUAGUGUCAAGAUUCAUGGUAAGGUUGCUUAUGUUUCCCAAGUUCCUUGGAUCAUGAACGGUACUGUCAAGGAUAACAUCUUGUUUGGUCACAGAUAUGACCCCGAAUUUUACCAACACGUCUUGAAGGCAUGUGCCUUAACCAUUGAUUUGAAGAUCUUACCAAAGGGUGAUCAAACCGAAGUUGGUGAAAAGGGUAUUUCUCUUUCUGGUGGUCAAAAGGCUAGAUUGUCUCUUGCCAGAGCUGUCUAUGCUAGAGCUGAUGUCUAUUUGUUGGAUGAUCCUUUGAGUGCUGUGGAUGAACACGUCGGUAAGCAUUUGACUGAUCACGUUUUAGGUCCAAAUGGUUUGUUGAAGACCAAGUGUAAAGUUUUGGCUACCAACUCUAUUAAUGUGUUGAGUAUUGCUGACAAGUUGCAUAUGGUUAGUGAUGGUAGACUUAUCGAACAAGGUAGUUACGAAGAUAUCAUGAAGCAAGACAACUCUAAGUUGCGUCAAUUGAUCAAUGAAUUCGGAAGAAAGAAGGAAGAAUCUCCUUCCAAGACUGAAGAAACUGAAACCGAUGGUACCAAGAGUCCUGAUGUUGAAUUAGAAUUGGACUCUGAUUCUGAUUUUGAAGUUGGUAGUUUAAGAAGAGCUUCUGAUGCUUCUUUGAACUUUGACGAUGCUGAUGAACAAGAAGAAGAUGACGAAACCAAGGCAAGAAAGGAACAUUUGGAACAAGGUCAAGUCAAGUGGGAUGUUUACAAGGCUUACGCCAAGGCAUGUAACCCUCUUUCCGUUAUGGUUUACUUGGGAUGUGUUAUUUUGAGUAUGGCUGUCAGUGUUGGUUCUAAUGUUUGGUUAAAGCAUUGGUCUGAAGUUAACACCGAAGUUGGCUACAACCCUCACGUUGGUAUGUACUUGGGUGUCUACUUUUUGAUGGGUUUCGGAUACUCUAUUGCCACUUUACUUCAAAACGCUUUCAUGUGGAUUUUCUGCACCAUCCAAGGUUCAAGAAGAUUGCACAAUCUGAUGGCCACUACUGUCUUGAGAGCUCCAAUGUCUUUCUUCGAAACCACCCCAAUCGGUAGAAUUUUGAACAGAUUUUCAAGUGAUGUCUACAAGAUCGAUGAAGUUUUGGGCUCUGUAUUUGGUAUGUUCUUCGCCAACAGUGUUAGAGUUCUCUUCACUAUCGGUGUUAUCAGUUUCUCCACAUGGCAAUUUGUUUUCGUUAUUGUCCCACUUGGAACCUUGUACAUUUACUACCAGCAAUACUACUUGAGAACUUCUCGUGAAUUGAGAAGAUUGGAUUCCGUUUCGAGAUCUCCAAUCUUUGCCAACUUCCAGGAAUCUUUAACUGGUGUCUCUAUUAUUAGAGCUUACGGUCAAGAGGAAAGAUUCAGAUUCAUGAAUGAACACAGAAUUGAUAAGAACAUGAGUGCUUAUCACCCUGCUAUUAAUGCCAACAGAUGGUUGGCUGUUAGAUUGGAGUUCUUGGGUUCUAUUAUCAUUUUGGCCUCUGCUGGUUUAUCUAUUCUUACUUUGAGCUCAGGUACUUUAUCUGCCGGUAUGGUUGGUUUGUCUGUGUCUUAUGCCUUGCAAACUACCCAAGCUUUGAACUGGAUUGUCAGAAUGACCGUUGAAGUCGAAACCAACAUCGUUUCCGUUGAAAGAAUUUUGGAAUACUCUGAAUUAACCUCCGAAGCUCCAGAAAUUAUUGAAGAUCACAGACCAUCGAAGGAAUGGCCAGCAAAUGGUGAAAUCAAGUUCCAAAACUAUUCUACCAGAUAUAGACCAGAAUUAGACUUGGUUUUGAAGAACAUUAACUUGGACAUCAAGCCAAGAGAAAAGAUCGGUAUUGUUGGAAGAACCGGUGCUGGUAAGUCUUCGAUUACCUUGGCUUUAUUUAGAAUCAUUGAAAAGUAUGGCGGUGACAUUGCAAUUGAUGGAAUUGACACUUCUUCUAUUGGUUUGUUAGACUUGAGACAAAAACUCUCUAUUAUUCCACAAGACUCCCAAGUCUUUGAAGGUACCAUUAGAUCGAACUUGGAUCCAACUGAUGUUUUCACUGAUGAACAAAUCUGGAAAGCAUUGGAAUUGUCCCACUUGAAAGACCACGUGAAUAAGAUGUACUCCCAAAGGGACGAAGAUAGCACUAUCGAAUCUGCUUUGGAUGUUGCCAUUCAAGAAGGUGGCUCUAACUUGUCUAUCGGUCAAAGACAAUUGAUGUGCUUGGGUAGAGUCCUUCUUAAAUUGACCGAGUCUAACAUCUUGGUUCUUGAUGAAGCUACUGCUGCAGUCGAUGUUGAAACUGAUAAGAUUCUUCAAGAGACUAUCAGAACUGAGUUCAAGAACAAGACCAUCAUUACCAUUGCUCAUAGAUUGAAUACCAUUUUGGAUUCUGAUAGAAUUAUCGUUUUAGAAAAGGGAGAAGUUGCUGAAUUCGACUCACCAGCCAACUUACUUAAGAAGAAAGACAGUUUGUUUUACGCCUUGUGCAAGCAAGGUGGUUUCGUUGACGAAUAAGGAACAAGCUUAUAGUUGGAAAAUUCUCAAUAGAAUCGAUAACAGUAAUAAAAGUUUAAGAUAUUCGUACUAUGUGCACAAAGUGAAACGUUCUUGGAACUAUUAUGGCAAAAUGAUGUCAGAAAUAAAUUAAUAUGCUAUAAACAGAAU